AUGAUGAAGAAAAAGAAGAAGGAGAUUGAAGAGGGGAAUAGGGUUGUGAUUGAAAGGGAAAAUGUGUUUAUGAAGAAUUUGAUGGAGAUUGAUAAUGAUAUUCCUACAUACCAGCCCGUUGGUAAUGUUCAGGUCUCCCCAAAUUCUGGAAGGAGGACAUUUAUUCCAGAUGUUGAUGAUUUGAUUAAACCUCAGAUGCAUAUGACGUUUAAUUCGCUGGAAAAUGCUUUUCUUUUUUACCAAAGAUAUGCUAAGGCGGGAGGUUUCACAGCUAGGAAGGAGGGUACUAAACCCUUAAAGGCGAUUGACUCGACUCAGGAAGCUGGUAGUUCUAAUGUUAACUCGAAGUCUAAGAUUACUCGCAGGGUUCCUUCUAUAAGGACCGGAUGUGAAGCGUGCAUUCGGGUUAAGUUAAUAACUCCGGAUAAUCUUUACGUGGUUUAUUACUUCGAGGAGUCGCAUAAUCACUCAUUUGUUGCUGAAGAUGACAGGUACUUGCUUCCUGAAAACAGAUCUAUGAAUUACGUACAGGAAGAAGCCGUGAAUGCUUUGAGUGCCAUAAAUAUUGGUCCAGUUAGAGCGUUUAACAUUAUGAGGACUCUUUAUGGAGGUUUCGAUAAGGUAGGCGCAACUAAAGUUGACUUCAAGAACUUCAAGAGAGACUUAAAUAGGUAUAUAGCUGAGUACGAUGCUGACAUGGUUAUCAAACGCCUAAGAAGGAAGAAAGAAUUUAUGCCCAAUUUCUCUAUGGAAUACCUUACAACUGCCGAGGGCGUUUUACGUGCGUUGUUCUGGGCCGAUGGUGAUACAAAGAGAAAUUUUAAUAUUUUUGGGGAUGUUGUGUCGUUCGAUGCUACUUAUCGUCGUAACAAGUUCGUAUCCUUCCUUUGUUUCUAG